AUGUGUGGUAUUUUUGGUUACGUCAAUUUCUUGGUCGACAAGAGUAGAGGUGAAAUCAUUGAUAAUUUAAUCGAAGGUUUACAACGAUUGGAAUAUAGAGGUUAUGAUUCAGCUGGUAUUGCUGUUGAUGGGAAAUUAACUAAAGAUGCCAAUGAUGAAGAAUAUAUGGAUUCUAUUAUUGUUAAAACUACUGGUAAAGUCAAAGUUUUGAAACAAAAAAUCAUUGAUGAUCACAUUGAUAGAACUGCCGUUUUCGAUAAUCAUGUUGGUAUUGCUCAUACUAGAUGGGCUACUCAUGGUCAACCUAAAACUGAAAAUUGUCAUCCUCAUAGAUCAGACCCUAAAGGAGAAUUUAUUGUUGUUCAUAAUGGUAUUAUUACCAAUUAUGCUGCUUUAAGAAAAUAUCUUUUAUCUAAAGGUCAUGUUUUCGAAAGUGAAACUGAUACUGAAUGUAUUGCCAAAUUAUUCAAACAUUUUUAUGAUUUAAACGUUAAAGCAGGUGUUUUCCCUGAUCUUAAUGAAUUGACUAAACAAGUUUUACAUGAAUUAGAAGGUUCUUAUGGGUUAUUAGUUAAAUCUUAUCAUUAUCCAGGAGAAGUUUGUGGUACAAGAAAGGGUUCUCCAUUAUUAGUUGGGGUCAAGACUGAUAAAAAAUUGAAAGUUGAUUUUGUUGAUGUUGAAUUCGAAGCUCAACAUCAACAUCAACAACCACAACAACCACAAAUCAAUCAUAAUGGUGCCACAUCUGCUGAAUUGGGUUUUAUCCCCGUGGCUCCUGGUGAACAAAAUUUAAGAACUUCUCAAUCAAGAGCUUUCCUUUCAGAAGAUGAUUUACCAAUGCCAGUUGAAUUCUUUUUAUCUUCUGAUCCUGCUUCAGUUAUUCAACACACUAAAAAAGUUUUAUUUUUAGAAGAUGAUGAUAUUGCUCAUAUUUAUGAUGGUGAAUUACGUAUUCAUAGAGCUUCGACCAAAUCUGCUGGUGAAUCUACUGUUAGACCAAUUCAAACAUUAGAAAUGGAAUUAAAUGAAAUUAUGAAAGGUCCAUAUAAACAUUUUAUGCAAAAAGAAAUUUUCGAACAACCAGAUUCAACUUUCAAUACUAUGAGAGGUAGAAUUGAUUUUGAAAAUUGUGUUGUUACUCUUGGUGGGAUAAAAGCUUGGUUAUCUACAAUUAGAAGAUGUAGAAGAAUCAUUAUGAUUGCUUGUGGUACUUCAUAUCAUUCAUGUUUAGCCACUAGAUCGAUUUUCGAAGAAUUGACAGAAAUCCCUGUUUCAGUUGAAUUAGCUUCUGAUUUCCUUGAUAGAAGAUCUCCAGUUUUCAGAGAUGAUACUUGUGUAUUUGUUUCUCAAUCCGGUGAAACUGCUGAUUCCAUUUUGGCUUUACAAUAUUGUUUGGAUAGAGGUGCUUUAACUGUUGGUAUUGUUAAUUCUGUGGGGUCAUCAAUGUCUAGACAAACUCAUUGUGGGGUUCAUAUCAAUGCUGGACCAGAAAUCGGGGUUGCUUCAACUAAAGCUUAUACUUCACAAUAUAUUGCCUUGGUGAUGUUUGCUCUUUCCUUAUCUAAUGAUUCUAUUUCUAGAAAAGGUAGACAUGAAGAAAUCAUUAAAGGUUUACAAAAAAUCCCGGAACAAAUUAAACAAGUUUUGAAAUUAGAAAAUAAAAUUAAAGAUUUAUGUAAUAGUUCAUUAAAUGAUCAAAAAUCUUUAUUAUUAUUGGGUAGAGGUUAUCAAUUUGCUACUGCUUUAGAAGGAGCUUUAAAAAUUAAAGAAAUUUCUUAUAUGCAUUCUGAAGGGGUAUUAGCUGGGGAAUUAAAACAUGGUAUAUUAGCUUUAGUUGAUGAAGAUUUACCAAUUAUUGCCUUUGCCACUAGAGAUUCUUUGUUUCCUAAAGUUAUGUCUGCUAUUGAACAAGUUACUGCUAGAGAUGGUAGACCAAUUGUUAUUUGUAAUGAAGGUGAUGCUAUUGUUGCCAAUGAUAAAGUUCAUACUACUUUAGAAGUUCCAGAAACUGUUGAUUGUUUACAAGGGUUAUUGAAUGUUAUUCCAUUACAAUUAAUCAGUUAUUGGUUAGCUGUGAAUAGAGGUAUUGAUGUCGAUUUCCCUCGUAAUUUGGCUAAAUCUGUUACUGUUGAGUAA